GCCAGUUCGCAAGCGCAGAACGCAGGUAUUCCAGUAAACAUGAUGAACGUCAAAGGCCUCGCCCGACUCAAGAACAAACCGGCCAAGGAUCCGAAGGGGCCGGACGCUGGCGGCCAAAAGCCCGUCGGUGCGCCUCCCAAGAAGCCCGGGGGUGAUGCUGCUGCGGCGAAGAGGAAGCCGUCGGCAAAGGAGCCCCCCCAGGCCCCCAAGAAAUCGAAGAAGGGGGACGCCGCGAAGGAUGACCCCCCGGUGGUGAUUGUAGAUGACCCUCCGGAGAUGCCGAUGGCGCAGGUGUCGAGGGGUGCCCGGGAGCCAUCUCUCGAGGUCCUCACGCUCUCCCUCCCGGCUGGCACGGCCGUGUUGAAUGGCACGGCUGACCCGAGGGCGCUCCUGAGAGGUAUAACCCUCGAUAUCGACAGGGCAGCUCUCGGGGCCGAUGACGACCAAGCCCUCGAAGACAGGAUCCUCCGGUCUUCCCUCACGACUUGCGUUGCCCUCGGAGAGCAGUUCCGACGGCUAGAGGAUUGGCGCCUCCACAAAGCUGGGCAAGACGCCAAGAUGAAGGAGCUAAUCCUCAGGGACUCCCAGACCACGAAGCUGAUGGCCCAGCUUGAAGAGGACCUCCAGCUUGCGAGAGCGGAGGCCGGGAGGCUCAGGGAGGAGAGGGCAAAAGCUGAGGAGGCCGCUGCGGAGGCCGCAAGGAGAGCUGCCGAGGAGGCCGAGGCCAUCAGGGCGAAGGCUGUCGCCACAGCCCGGGAGGAGGCCAUCUCCGGGUUCCUGGACGGGGGGUGGAAGACCGAUGGGCACAAGGCAUGGCUGUCCUCGGUUGUGGAGGCCUCGGUUGAUGAUUGGUGCGAGGGCCCGGGCGAGGAAUGGAUGGCCCGAAAGGGUAAGCAGUAUUAUGAUGGGGUGAGUUUUUCACUCAAGCCCUCAUCUACCGGAGGAUGGCCCGCCAUCUGAAGAUUGAACCGAAGGACUUUGACCCGGCGGCGUACGGGCUCCCCCCUGCAGCCAGACAUCCGUGUUCCUCUCCCCCCCGAUGUCGAGAGGCCAGACCUGGAGGAUUCUGAGCUCCGGAGGGAAGCCGAUGGUGACGUACCUGAGGCCGAUGUAGAGGUCACCUCGAAGCCAUCGGGGGAGGCGGCCCCCGAGAAUGACGUCAUUUGAUGUGUAAUUUGUAUUUAGCAUUUUGAACACUUCUUUGUAAUAGCCACGUUAGCAUGUUUUCGGCCUCGGCCACCAUUUGUAAUAAUUACAUUUACUCUCUUUUGUGAUGAAUGAUGGAUGUCUGCCUUCGGGCUCGUAUAUAUGGC